AUGGUUUUCCUCACGAUGGUCGACAUCUGGCGCGAGACGGUCGAGGAGCUGGGCGGCCUGCGCGGCUUCUUCUACAUCUUCCUCGUCAUGGUCGUCUUCACGCUGAUCGUGCAGUGGGCCGUCGGGCGCGCGUCCGCAACACGUGCCGCGAAACGCAUGAACCGCCAGCGCAUGCGCAAGCUGCGGUAGCGCUUCGCCAUCCCUAACCACCCAACAUGCCGCCUCGCGUUUACAUCCCUGUGACCGUCCAAGACGAGUCUGAGAGACCACGGUCGCCACGCGGCCUCGGCGCCGUCGUCAGCGCGGGCCUGAUGUCUGCGGACGACGGCCCGCCCGAGUGGCGCGAGAAGAUCUUCGGCUCCGCGUGGUGGUACCGCUGGUCUUCCUUCGCCUACUGCCUCGCCGGCGGGCUGCUCGUCAUUAGACCAGCACCGAUGUACCGGCACGCGCGGCCCUGCUGCUUUCUUUUCCCGUUCCGCUCCAUGGGCGCGCUGAUCUUUUUGAACGGUAUCCUGUCGUACCUGGCCGACACGCACACCUUUGGCCGACCUUCCGCGUGGCGGGCGGCGGACUCUUACGUGGCGACGUUCAACACGAUCCUACAGUUCGUGCUAAUUUUGCUGCAGAUCAUCGGCCCGAUGUCCUUCCCACGCGACAUGGUGACCGUCUUCACGGCGUCGCUGCUCGUGGCGAUAGCGUGCAAGCGCCGCGCCGUCGCCGCAUUCGCGCGCCGAGACCGCGACGCGUACCUCGUCUGGCACGCGCUCUGGCACGUCGUGCUGCCCGCGGGCGCCGUCGCGGGGCAGCUGCUCUUGGAGCCGUAG